AUGAUUGAGGUUAUUUGCAACGAUCGUCUCGGAAAAAAAGUUCGUGUCAAAUGCAUGCCUGACGAUACCAUUGGCGAUUUCAAAAAACUUGUAGCGGCCCAGACUGGUACUGACCCGAGAAAAAUUGUCUUGAAAAAGUGGAACUCUGUGUUCAAGGACGGCAUCACACUUGCCGAUUAUGAAAUCCAUGAUGGUAUGAGCCUGGAACUGUACUAUGCAUAA